CGACACCGGCAAUUCACUGAUGUUCGGAUAGCUGAACGCUAGAUAGACCAUUUACAGACCAGCAUGCUGGAAAAAAGUAACAGACAUCUAAGGCUGAAGAAUGUUCAUGGCAAAAAUGUUUGUGUUGUUAGGGAAGUGUAUCGGAGAGAAGACAUUCCAUGCCUCAGCAAGCUAUGUUUAGGACAAUGCAAUGAGCAGUGCCCAGAAGGAUCAUCAUUACUGCCAGAAAAUGUAACACAUUAUGUUAUACCUGACCCACAGACGGCACGAGAAUACCUUGAGAUCUUUGAGAAUCCUCACAUUCAGGGAAUCAUUUUUACACAAACAGCUGUUCAAAGUAUACAGCACGGUGGCAGUAGAAGGCUAUACAAUAGGCUGAAAGCUGUAGUAAAAGACAGGAGGAAAGGGUCAGUGAUAUUCCACAAUGAGUUUCAGACAUAUGCUCACUGUGAGAGAGAGCCAGGAGAGAAACAAGCACAGUGGCAUGUCAGGGCCACAUAUAAAGCUGCAGAGUGGUAUUUCAACCAUCUUGCUGCAUCUAUCCCUGUUGUCAUGGUUACAGAUGAAGACCAGUUUGUGUAUGAUUUUGGACAUAAGACACGGAACUUGUUUGUGGUGAAGCUGAGAGAUUAUCUUGAUGGGUUUUGGUCAGAGAUCAUUCCUGGAAUAACUGAUUUAUUUACGUCUCUGCAAGAGGUCUCGGUACAUAAAACUAAAGACACAGAUUAUGUGGGCUACCUUCCGUUAGAGAUUCUGUCGAAAGGUAUCAAAUGUGGCAAGUAUCAGCAAGGAUUUCUGCAAGUGAACAAAAGUAAUGCAUCUCAAGAGGCCUUCAUAAGGAGAACAAAGGUAGAUCUAACGGAGGACAGUGGUUCAGACAUACUGAUCCCUGGCAUGGCAGCAAGGAACCGAGCCAUCCAUGGAGACCUUGUUGUUGUGGAAAUAUUACCCAAGUCUCAAUGGCAGAGUCGCUCAAACACAAUAUCUAAUCCUGCUUCAGAGGAGAAAGGUGACGGAGAUAAAGCUGUAUCAGACAGGGCAGAUACAAUGCCUACAGGAAAGAUUGUGGGCAUACUUCAGAGGAACUGGAGGGAAUAUGUUGCCUGCUUCUCACAAGAUGAGGAGACAGGAAGGGGAGAUAAGAAAGCUGGGAAACUGUUGGUUAUACCAUGGGAUUACAGAAUUCCUAAGAUCAGGAUCAGUACACGUCAAGUUGAUGCACUUAGAGAUCAUAGAAUAAUUGUACGCAUUGACAGCUGGGAACCAGAUUCUACUUAUCCCAAUGGUCAUUUUGUGCGAAGUUUGGGCAAAAUCGGGGACCUUGAGGCAGAGGUGGCAGCCAUCCUGGUUGAGAACGAUCUACGUGUACCUCCUUUCUCAGAGGCUCAGUUGAACGAAUUGCCACAAGACACGACACAGAACCCCUGGAAGAUGUCGGAAGAGGAAGUUAGCAGUCGUCGAGAUCUGAGAGAUUCUCAUCUCAUCUUCAGUAUCGAUCCAAAAGGUUGUGAAGAUGUUGAUGAUACGUUAUCUGUAAAGAGACUUGACAAUGGUAAUCUAGAGCUUGGUGUUCAUAUAGCAGAUGUUACACACUUUGUGGCUCCCAAUUCUCUGACAGAUAUAGAGGCUCAGAGUCGCUCCACUACAGUGUAUCUGGCAGAUAGACGUUAUGACAUGCUGCCAGGGGUACUCAGCGCCAAUCUGUGUUCACUUGUUAGUGGUGUUGAUAGGUAUGCAGUCAGUGUUAUUUGGGAACUUAGCCCAAGUUAUGAAGUUGUUGAUGUCUGGUAUGGAAGAACAGUUAUUCGCUCACAGUACAAACUGUUUUAUGAGCUUGCGCAGGCCAUGCAUGAGGGUAUCAUAGAUGCUGAAAUAGUGAGAAAUAUACCAGAAUUACAUGAUCUGUGGGGAGAGGAGCUUGAAAUCAGAUUGCAAGGACUGCGGGAGGCAAUUGAUGAACUGAUGGCCGUUGCUCGAGGGUUGAAGGCCAGACGUGUCAAGAGUGGAGCUCUGGAGCUGGAAAGUGUUGAAGUGCAAGUUCAGCUAAGUGAAACAAAGAGCAUAGAAAAUCUUAAUCCAAAACAGCAUUUAGAGAUCCAUGACACUAUUGCAGAAUGUAUGAUAUUUGCCAAUCAUUGGGUUGCCAAGAAGAUAGCAGAAAUGUUUCCAAAUCAGGCACUUCUUCGACAUCACCCGUUACCUAAAGAUGAACAGUUUGGAAACUUGAGAAGCUGUGCGUCAUCACGGGGUUUCAAUAUAGAAACAUCAAGCAAUAAGCAGCUUGCAGAAUCUCUAGACAGAUGUGUGGAUGCAAAUGAUCCUGUUGUAAAUAAGCUACUAAGAUCUCUAGCAACACAAGCGAUGUCAAAUGCGGCGUAUUUCUGCACAGGAUGUUUGCCACGUGACCAGUUCUUUCAUUAUGGGUUAGCUCUAGAUGCGUACACACACUUUACAUCUCCUAUAAGAAGAUAUGCUGAUGUUAUAGUUCAUAGACAGUUGUUGGAAGCAGUGAAGAAGGACAGAACAAUAUCUCUACCAACUUGUACACAGCUAGAGGAUCUUAGUCAGCAUAUAAACAAGAAACAUAGGUCUUCCCAGUAUGCCCAAAGAGAAUCUCAGGAACUAUUCCAGUGUUUGUACUUCCGUGGACGUGGAACAGAGGAUGAGAACUGUAUUGUAGAUGCUGUUAUCUUCCAGCUACGCACAAAUGGAUUGUUUGUGUUUGUUCCAAGAUAUGGUAUAAAGGGACCUGUAUACUUGAAGAGCAAAGACGGGCAGGUGCUCUAUGUAACUGCUACAGAUGAGGCAGAAUGGACGAGUGGUGAUGUAACAAAACAUGAUACAUACUGUGUUGUAGAUAGUACCCUCGGACAGCAAAAAUACUGCCUACUGCAACAUAUAACAGUAAAACUAAGUCUGCAGGAUUCUUGGGCACAUGCCUCCUCUCUAAGAUUGGAACUCUUGUCAAACAAACCACAUAAAAAGCCUCUGACUGACAUGGAAGAUGUUGCUAAGCAACAGAAAGCUUCAAUCAUACAGGAGGUAUCAUCAGAAGCUGUAGAAAAACGUUUACAGUUAGAAUCUUAUGAUCUUGGUGAAAACUUCCUGCAGCUCAAACAUAAGUAUGGACAAUCUGAAGACAGCAUGUACCAUCUGUUUACAUCAUUUAAACAGACUGCUUUAAACUGUGACACAUAAAAUGAAAGGUUAUAAAAGUGUCCAAUCUCCAUGAAAAUUUACUGUUGGUCAAUUUCAAGACUAAGUUAAGAAUUUACAAAUGGAGGUGUACAAGAUUUUUAAGACUGGUUUCCAUAGUAAGCUUUAUAAUCCUUUGUUCCAAGAUUGUAAAUGUGGAAACCAGUCUCAUAAUGAAAUUUUAGGUAGAUUUCAAAUUAUGUUCAGAACUGACCAAUCAGAUGCCAGAGUUCUUAGACUGGUCUACAGAUUAAGCUUCAAUACUGGUCCAAAACUUUAGCAGAAAUGCAGCAAUAACCAUCCAUCAUGUGAACAGACUGUGGUAAACUUGGAUUUAAGCAUGUGAACAGACUAUGGUAUACUUGGAUUUUAGCAUGUGAACAGACUGUGGUAAACUAGGAUUUUAGCAUGUGAAUAGACUGUGGUAAACUGGGAUUUAAGCAUGUGACUGUGGUAAACAGGGAUUUAAAUUAAAAGCUUCCAUUUGGUGAUAGAAUGUGUCAGUUGGAACUUUGAAGUUACAGAUAAAAACUAUUGAUUAUUUUUCGAGACAUGAAGUAUGAUAGCAAUUUAAAUGAAUAUUUCCAUUGACAAGACAAUAACCAAAUGUUACAUGUGGAUAUUGAUGGAAGUUGUGAAGCUUGGUGUAUGAUAUUGUUGAACCAUCAGCUGUGCUCAUAAAUGAAGACUUUCGUAAUUGAAGUGUUAAUAAAUCAAAUUUGUACCCUGA